CCUCCCUGUGUGUGUGUGUGUGUGGUGUGUGCCAUCCUCAAUGCCUCUCGAUCAAAUCUAACAGAAGAAGAUGAGGGAGGUCGACAGGCAGAUUGUUUUGCUUUGCUCUGGCUUUCUGGGGCUUGCUAUGGGAGCCUUUCCCACCAGUGUUCAAAUAGGAGGGCUCUUCAUGAGAUAUUCUGACCAGGAGUACAGUGCAUUUCGCUUUGCAAUUUAUCUUCACAAUACCAACCCCAACACGACUGAAGCACCUUUCAAUUUGGUUCCUCAUGUGGACAACAUUGAAACAGCCAACAGUUUUGCUGUAACAAAUGCCUUUUGUUCUCAGUACGCCAGGGGAGUAUUUGCCAUCUUUGGCAUGUAUGACAAGAGGUCAGUGCACACGCUGACAUCGUUCUGCGGAGCGCUGCACAUAUCCCUGAUCACGCCGAGCUUCCCGACGGAGGGAGAGAGCCAGUUUGUGCUGCAACUGAGGCCAUCUUUGAGGGGGGCACUGCUCAGCCUGCUCGACCAUUAUGAGUGGAAAAAGUUUGUCUUUUUGUACGACACGGACAGAGGUUAUUCCAUACUGCAGUCGAUUAUGGAAAAAGCGGGUCAGAACGGCUGGCAAGUCAGUGCUAUCUGUAUUGAGAAUUUUGAUGAUGCAAGCUAUCGACGUCUUCUAGAAGAUUUGGAACGAAAGCAGGAAAAGAGAUUUGUGGUAGAUUGUGAAGUAGAGAGACUGCACAACAUUAUGGAACAGAUUGUAAGUGUUGGAAAACAUGUCAGAGGUUACCACUAUGUCCUGGCCAACCUGGGCUUCAAAGAUAUAGCCUUAGACAGAUUCAUGCACGGAGGAGCUAAUGUGACAGGCUUCCAAAUAGUGGAUUACAGCAAACCCAUUGUUACUAAGUUCAUGCAGCGCUGGAAAAAACUGGACCAGAGAGAAUUUCCUGGGACGGACAAUGCUCAAUUGAAGUACACAUCUGCACUGACAUAUGAUGGAAUACUUGUCAUGGCUGAAGCCUUCCGCUACCUCCGAAGACAGCGGAUUGACAUUUCAAGAAAAGGCAAUGCUGGAGAUUGUCUCGCUAACCCUGCUGCUCCUUGGAUCCAAGGUAUUGACACAGAAAGAGCACUGAAACAGGUGCGGAUCCAGGGUUUAACGGGAAAUGUUCAGUUUGACAACUACGGACGUCGGACAAACUUCACGAUAGAUGUACUUGAGCUGAAAAACACAGGCCACAGGAAGAUUGGCUACUGGAAUGAUGUGGACAAGCUAGUGCUGAUUCAGAACGAGAUGUUGUUCCCGAAUGAUUCUUCUGCCUUGGAAAAUAGAACAGUGUAUGUCACCACAAUUCUGGAGGGACCUUAUGUCAUGCUAAAGAAAAACCAUGACACUAUGGAAGGUAAUGACAGGUAUGAAGGCUAUUGCGUGGACCUGGCUUCAGAAAUCGCCAAGCACAUUGGUAUCAAAUAUGAACUUAAAAUUGUUCCAGACGGGAAAUAUGGAGCGAGGGAUCCAGAAACCAAAAUCUGGAACGGAAUGGUGGGAGAGCUCGUUUAUGGGAGAGCACAGAUUGGGGUGGCACCUCUGACCAUUACUUUAGUACGAGAAGAGGUCAUCGACUUCUCCAAGCCCUUUAUGAGCCUGGGUAUUUCCAUCAUGAUCAAGAAGCCACAGAAGUCCAAGCCUGGAGUCUUCUCUUUUCUUGACCCGCUGGCGUACGAGAUUUGGAUGUGCAUCGUUUUCGCCUACAUCGGAGUCAGCGUGGUCCUGUUCCUGGUCAGCAGAUUUAGCCCCUACGAAUGGCACACCGAAGAGCCAGAAGACGGUCAGGAUUCUCCACCUAGCGACCAACCCCCUAAUGAGUUUGGCAUCUUUAACAGUCUUUGGUUUUCUCUGGGUGCCUUUAUGCAACAAGGAUGCGAUAUUUCGCCAAGAUCUCUGUCUGGACGUAUUGUUGGAGGAGUCUGGUGGUUCUUCACUCUGAUUAUAAUUUCCUCCUACACGGCCAAUCUCGCUGCCUUCUUGACUGUAGAGCGAAUGGUCUCUCCUAUCGAAAGUGCUGAAGAUCUUUCAAAGCAAACAGAGAUUGCCUAUGGAACACUGGACUCGGGUUCGACAAAAGAAUUUUUCAGGAGAUCCAAAAUAGCAGUUUAUGAGAAAAUGUGGGCCUACAUGAAAUCAGCAGAACCAUCUGUCUUCACCAAAACCACUGCCGAGGGUGUGGCACGGGUCCGUAAAUCCAAGGGCAAGUUCGCAUUCCUCCUGGAGUCCACCAUGAAUGAGUAUAUCGAGCAGAGGAAGCCAUGUGACACAAUGAAAGUAGGAGGCAACCUGGAUUCCAAAGGAUAUGGAGUGGCAACACCUAAGAGCUCCCCAUUAAGAAAUGCUGUUAACCUCGCAGUUUUAAAACUGAAUGAACAAGGACUCUUGGACAAAUUGAAAAACAAAUGGUGGUACGACAAAGGAGAGUGUGGCAGCGGGGGAGGUGACUCCAAGGACAAGACGAGCGCUUUGAGCCUCAGCAACGUGGCUGGAGUCUUCUAUAUUCUGGUCGGAGGCCUUGGUUUGGCAAUGCUCGUGGCUUUGGUAGAAUUCUGUUACAAGUCCAGAGCAGAGGCGAAGAGAAUGAAGCUGACUUUUUCAGAAGCCAUGAGAAACAAAGCCAGAUUAUCCAUUACUGGAAGUGUUGGAGAAAAUGGCCGUGUAUUAACUCCAGACUGCCCAAAGGCUGUGCACACCGUUCCUACCAUUAGACAGAAUCCAGGAUUGGCUAUAGUAGCAUCGGAUCUACCAUAAAAACCAAAUACUAUCUGAGUGCCUUAAAACAAAAAGAUACAAAGCAGUGUCGGGGACUAAUGGUAAAACAGCACAGACUGUGAGAUCAUCGUGAGGUUCCUCGUUUAAUGUGAAGAGAGAGUGGGAGAAGAGCUCCCUGAAAGGGAUCAUCAUCAGGAAAAAGUGUGCAUGAGCUUGGUUUCAAAACAGUCCAAUUCUGAUUUAACAUCAGAAAACUUCUGUCAGGGUUGCAGAAAACAUGAACAACACAACCGAAAACCUUUGCAGAGAUAUGUGCCAAUAAAGGGAUUCAUUGCUAGUAGAAAGAUAUGAAGAACCCAUCGCUAGAAGAAAUUAAACUUGGCUUUUGUUUUGACGUACAUUAUGAAACAACAGACAAUGAACCUAUUAGCCUGCGUCUAAAUUUCAGAAUAUCCAUAGAGUAAAAGGGGAGCGAACCACUUAUACUGGAAAAACAAAUCACUCAACCACGGAGGAAAGUAAUAAAUAUGUAAAAUCUGUGAAAAUAUUACUGCAAAUGUUAUCUUUUCUUGUAAAAAAAAUGUUUUUCUUUGAAAAGGAACAAAAUAAAA